UCGAAAAAUGAAGAGACUGACACAUUAUUCGUUGCUAUCCAAAAUGUUGAACAAUGAUCAGUAAAAUUGUAAUUUUCUUAUUCAUGUAACAACACAAGAGUAAAAAUUGAUGAAAUGUCCGAAAAAAAACCAUUAGAUUCCGAAUACGAGUGGAUUGUUCGAAUCUGUACGAACGCUUUCAACAUAUACCUAACGAUGAUACACUUUAUAUUUUAUGACAACACUUUGAACUUGCAACCACAAAAUUCUGAAAUCUCACUCUUGUCAUAUACACUACUCAUGACAGCGUUGGAUCUUUUCGCGUAUUGUAUUUUCCAAUAAAUCGAUACGAAUUGCAGGCGAGAGAAAAUAAAGAAAAAUCAUGAAUUUAUCACCAACAACGCUAUAUGUCCCAUGAUACAGAAGAAAAUAGAAAUAGUUUUUGUGUAAAGUAUAUUCAAAACUUAAUAAGUCUUCAUACAACACAGAAGCAAUACAGUAACAUUGCUGCAAUAUUUUGCAAUAUUAUUGGAACAUUGCUAUAAUAUUGUUAGAAUCUGUGCUGUAUGGAUCUCUGCAGAAUUGACAAUAAUAUUACAUCAUGUAAUUUCUCACUCAACAAUAUAAAUUUUAUUAUGUAACAUGUACAUACCACAUAACAAUUAUAUUGUUGACUAGAAGAAAUUAUAACAUUAAUGUAAUGUUACUGUUAGUUCUUGUUCAGGAUCGUCUUCGGAUCGUAGGCGAAAAAAGAAAAAAAUCUCAAAGAUGCCACCAACGACGCGACAUAUCGCAUGACGCAGAAGAGAAGGGAAUAAGGAUUACAAAAACUGAAGAGAGAAACAAAAGUCUAAUUUCCACUUAUAAUUGUAAAAGCAAAAGCGAUAUGUGCGACUCUGCAAAGGAUGAACAGACUACUGGAAAGGAUGCUGGCGAUGUCCAAGGAUAUCAGGAGCGCAUAAAGCAGUCAGAGCGUCGUCCUUGCGAUUUCGCGCUCUUUCCCACGUCACGAACCACCUCCUACGGUCUCCUAUUCCCCUGUCGAAGAGACGCCGAAUCGAGCGAUUGAUCCUGUCUGCGACGUGGUUAUUGACGAUCGAGAAUCAGUUGGUUUUUUCUUUUCUGCACAAACGCGUCUUGAUCAAAUCGGCCGUGUUAAUCGUUCAAUUAGUUACUCAAUUAAUCAGACAGAUAUAAUAAAAGAUAUAAUCGCGAAUCUGCAUGGUAUCGCUUUUUCUCACACCGCUUCACUGCUCGCGGUUAUUAUCGGAAUUUAAAAAAAAAAUACGGGGCUAACCCAGUAACGCGAUUUUAUCGCUUGAUGAAUUAAAAAAUUCAGAUAAAAUUGAAUAGCAGAGAAGAAUGCGAGCAAUAGGCGCACGAAAAAAAGAGUAGUUAAAGCUUGUUUAUCAUCUGUCUCACGAUUCAGAUUGUGACAUCUGAUACGAGAAAAUACGCAAUAAAAAUUCUUGUAACAUAUAUUAAUAUAAAAAUAUGUUUUAAUAAAGCAAUCGA